GUGCGACAUUGGUGUGGUUGAGUGUUUGCUUGCUCUCAGAGUGAGCCAGAGGGCGUGUACACUAUGUGUCAAUGUGUGUACACUAUACACGUCAACACGUCAACAAUACAUGUAUGUAUGAAUAAUGAAUGCAUAAUUAACGGAAAACGGCCGUCAUUCAACAAUCCUUCAACAAGCCUUCAUUCACUCGAUCCUGUCACGCGGCGUCGUCCAUCGACAUGGCCUGCCUGCACACAGAUACGCACACAGAUACCCACACGAGAUGCCUCGUUCACGUGUGAGCUGUAGUGGGCGGUUUCGCCUUACUUAAGGACGUCGCCACACACGUUCACACCCACCCUGAGUCGUCCAACAGAGAAAGGAACCUCAGGCUGUGUUGUGGUCGUUUGCCUUUUCCGCUCACUCACCCUCCUUGUUGGCACUUGGCCAACACCUUCUUGAUCUUGAUGUACUUGUCCCGCCUCGGCGAGUCAUCAGACGCAGACGGGAGCAGGGUGAAAGGGGCGACUUCAGCUGGCUCAGCUAUGAGCUGAUUCGCCAGCCGCAUGUACGUGUUGAUGUCUUGUCUUCCCGACUCCCCUGCACAACGAAUGCAUCGAGACAAAGCGAGAGAUGACAUCCGUGUCGCGUGCACGCUCAGGAUUCGGGUCCCUUUCCUUCCUUCUCUGUCUGUCUGUUGUCGGCCCACGUACAUGCGUCCUGUGCUUCUUUCUUGAGCUCCUUCGUGACAUCCCCUCCUACCCCCUUGGCGACACUCUGCAGCCUCCUCAUCGAACUCUCAAACCUCUCCGUGACCUGCUCUAGGUCGGAACCGCCCUCAUCCUCUGGUACGGACUUAGCCAACAACCGCAUGGGCGAGAAGAAGUCCCUGUCCAUCCGCGACACGGACACAAACCUCGCCGACCCAGAAACUUUGAACUGAUCCAGAACGUCGUCCCAAUUGCUCGUGCGGAUGUCCUCGGCCAAAUCGAACAGAUAGAAAUCACCACUCAGCUGAAGCUGCGGGGCAUACUGCCUGAAGCUCUUGAUGGAUGACGGCAGGGGAGGCUCCACGGCUACUGCAUCGUCGAGCAAGAGAGCGUUGCUGACUGCCAGUGCUGCAGCUGGGAAGAAUGCAAGAGCAUCACGACGAGAUGCCGCCUCAAGCUGCCCGCUCUCCGCUGACAGGGAUGAGCGCCUUGGACUUCUCAAGACGGGCGGCACGAAUGCACUCCGAUAAGUCGCCCAGGCAGCAGCAGAUCGGAUGGCGUAGGGGCCAUAGCAUAACUCACCAAGAUAGAUCGUAUGAAUAACAGCGACAAGGAUGAUGAUCCUCAUCGAAUUCCCGAUUUGCUGCCCCGCGCGCGGUCUUCCUCAG